AUGGAAGCGUCACCUACUCCGAUAGUCGCUGCCGCAGCAGGCAAAAUUUUCAAACCUUCGAAGAGAGUUGGUCGUGGCGUUCCUUUAAUAAAUAAUGCGUAUAACACGAAAUGUUCUUGUCACAGGAACAAAACUAUGGUAUUUUGUCGCGCAUGUGGUUAUUAUUGUCAUGGUCGUAUUCGUUUAAAAUGCGAGCAACAUCCUCGAAUCACUUUCUUGUUGGAUAUAACAGAAUGUCCACGCUGCCAUUCAUCUAUAUUUCUAGAUGAGUAUUUCACAAGUGACUAA